CAUGUCUCCAGAAUAUGCGAUUGAUGGGCAUCUCUCAGUAAAAUCAGAUGUAUUCAACUUUGGUGUUUUGGUUCUGGAGAUUGUGAGUGGGAAAAGAAACAGAGGAUUCUUUCAUCUAGAUUAUAACCUCAACCUUCUUGGACAUGUAAAAAUCAAGGCAUGGAUGGUGUAUAAAGAGGGCAAGUCCUUGGAUCUACUUGAUGAAGCUGUAAGGGACUUUUGUCAUGUAUCUGAAGUGUUGAGAUCAAUUCAUGUGGGUCUAUUAUGUGUGCAACAAAGUCCAAAAGAUAGGCCAACCAUGUCAUCUGUGGUUCUAAUGUUGGGAGGUGAAGGUGCAUUGCCUUGUCCCAAACAGCCUGGUUUUUUUACUGAAAGGAAUCUAACUAAAGCUGAUAAUUUUUCUGGUAGAAAUGCACCUACUUCAACCAAUGAAUUCACCAUUACAAUACUAGAGCCUCGAUGACAUAAAUAUGUAUGUAUAUCUUUACGAAACUGUUUUAUUCUGAUGUAUUGUAUGUUGGAGACUCCUUGGUACAGAAGCCAUUGGUAUUGUUUAUGGGGCUCUAGUUUUUUAAUUUAAAAUUUUACUUUAUUUUUUUGGCAUGGGCUGCCGGCAUUGGAAGAAAUAGUGUUAAGAGUUAGUUUUGGCAAUCCCAUCAUUUAUUUCAGUGUUAAUCAUGUUUUUAUUUGAAAUCAUAUUUAACAUAGUUCAUGUCA